ACUUACUUGACUCAAAUUGUAAAAAAGGUCUAUAUGCAAGCUGGUACCAUUGUUAACAACAUUUUUGAUUUCCUCCAAAAGAUGUUCAAGAAAUAAAAACAUGCGAAACUCAACAUGUGUACCAGAAUUCCAUUUCAUUCAACUCUCAGAAGAUCCAGACAUACAGACUGUUCUCUUAGGCCUUUACUUGUCUAUGUAUAUCUUGGCCCUGUUUGGAAACCUGCUCAUCAUCCUGACAGUAAGCUCUGACUCCCAUCUCCACACACCCAUGUACUUCUUCCUCUCCAACCUGUCCAUAGUUGAUAUUUGUUUUAUCUCCACCACUGUUCCAAGGGUGAUUGUGGACAUCCAAAGUCACUGCCAAGUCAUCUCCUAUGUGGGCUGCCUGACACAGAUGUCACUGUUCAUAAUUUUUGGAUGUAUGGAUAACAUGCUUCUGGCUGUGAUGGCAUAUGACCGGUUUGUGGCCAUCUGCCACCCUCUGUAUUACCAGGUCAUUAUGAAUCCCAGUCGCUGUGGUGCCUUACUUCUAGGGUCUUUUCUCUUUAGCCUUGCGGAAUUACAGUUGCACUAUGUGGCAAUAUUGAAUUUUUCCAACUGUGAGGAUUUUACUGAAAUUUCCAACUUCUUCUGUGGCCCUUCUGAAGUCCUUAAACUUGCCCAUUUUGAUACUGUCACCAAUGCCAUAGUCAGAUUCAGUAUAGGCACUGUCUUUGGGUUUAUUCCUAUUUCAGGAAUCAUUUUUUCUUACUUUAAAAUAGUUUCCUCCAUCAUAAGAUCACCAUCAUCCAGUGGUAAGCACAAAACCUUCUCCACCUGUGGGUCUCAUUUGUCCGUUGUUUGCCUGUUUUAUGGAACAGGACUAGGAGUGUACUUCAGCUCCUCUCUGUCACAUUCUCCUAGAAAUAGUGCAGUGGCCUCAGUGAUGUACUCUGUGGUCACUCCCAUGUUGAAUCCCUUCAUCUACAGUCUGCGGAACAAGGACAUGAAAACUGCCUUAAGGAAGAUUCUUAGCAGAGCAUUCUAG